AUGAAGAAAAGUACAAAGGAUUUGGCGCCGAUUGCGCUUCCUCAUGGACCACCUGUUGAGUGCACAGCUGAAUAUUACAAGUCACUUAUGGAAAGUGCUUGUAUGGUGAAAAAAUAUCCAGUAUGGGACGUGGCCCGCCCAACUCCUCAAGUACUCAUGGAGCAAGCACGAAGGGACCUAAUGGAAGCUGAUGAAAAGUUAGCUUACAAACGGGAAGAAGAAAGAAUAAAUAGAGAGGUCAUGGAUACCAAAUGGCGCGAUCUUCGCGAAAAGGAAAUGCUGUUAAAGGAAUCAUUUAUAAGUUUUAAUAAGGUGCUAGUAUAA